AUGCCGACAAUACAGGCAUCCCACCUCCCGACGCUGCUCCGCUCGCCGACCCACCCGAUCCUACUUCGCACCUUGGAACCCCGCGACGCGGCCGUCAUAUCGGCCGUGCUCUCGGACCCGGAGAACACCAAGUACGACCCGCACGCCUCGGCCGUCUCGCCCGAGGUGGCGGCGGGCGUCAUCAGCCGGAUGCGCGAGAGUGCCGCGGCGCCGACGGUGCUGGACGAGGCGAGCGGGCGGGUCGUCAGCGGACCGGGGCGGGUGAACCUGCUGCUCGUGUACGUCGGGGGCGACGACGAGGGCGUCGGCAUCGGGCUCGCGGGGUUCGGCGGCAUCGACGAGCGCGAGCGCGAGGGCGGGGGAAAGCUACGGGUGGGCGACGUGGGCGCCAUGGUCAACCCGGCGUACCGGGGGCGGGGGUUCGCGACGGAGGCGGUCCGGCUGGCCGUCGAGUGGGGGUUCACGCGCGUCGAGGACGGGGGCCCGCAGUUUGACCGGAUCACGGCGACGAUGCUCGAGGCGAACGAGCCGAUGGUCGGGCUGAUGGAGCGGAAGUUCGGGUGGGAGAGGGUCGCGAGGCCGGGCAAGGAGGGGGAGGUCACCUUCGAGGUCGGGCCCGAGGACUGGAGAAAAUGA